AUGGACCCCACGGUAUCUGUCUCACAAUGGAAGGGUGAGAAGCUGAAAAACAGCUCUCAUUGGCCAGCUUGGUACUCUGCGAUGAAGCAGUUUGCCAAGACUAGGAAAGUAUGGGAUUAUUGCAAUCCUGAGAAACCAGCCCCGGAAGUGCUGGAGGAGCCGCAGGCCCCCGCACGACCGCGGUUACAUAUCCCACGAGGGGCAACUACAGAGGUAGCCAAGACCCUAAGGGAAGAGUUUAAGGAUCGUCAGAUGGAGUAUAGCUACGACCAUGACGAUUACAAAGAGGAGCUCAAAAGGUAUGAGAAGGUGGAAAACGGCCUACAAUCAGUUGAGUUCGUGAUCACUGCGUCAACAGAUACUAAGCUACACCGUCUCAUGGAUGAUCUUGAGACUCCGUACGAGAAGAUUAGCUUUCUCAAGAAGCGCUUCUCACACACAAAGUCUCACCAGAAUGAAGUCCUGCUACGCUGGGCAGAAGGGUGCGUACGACCACCAAAGAAGGGUCAAAACGUACUAUCCUGGCUAGAAGAGUGGGAGCUGAUACGUGAUGAAGCGGUCAACCUAAAAGUGGAGAGUGACACUGCGCAGCAUCCGCAGCUGUUUUUACAUGCUGUAAAGGACAUCCUACCGGUCUGGUGGGAAGCUCGGUUCCAGGAUAUCGUACUAAGAAGUAAUACAAUCGAGAUAAACGAUCUGAUUGAGUCCUUCCGUACAUCCUAUACUAUGUCGUAUUCCGAGACUACCAAAAAGAAUAUCAAUUCUACGUCCAAAGCAGCAUUUGCCACGUCAACUUGGCAGGGUAAAACAGAGGCUGAAACCUCCAGAACCGACAGAAAAGACGGGAAAACUGGACCAUUUCAGGACCGGAGCUACUGCCCUUGUGGCAUGAAACACCCGGUCACCCGGUGCUGGGUAUUGAAUGAAGACCAGAGACCGGAUGGGUGGAUGGGCCUACGAAAGGCCUCCGAAGCGCUAAAGAAGUCAUUCAAAAAAGAACCAGAGUGGAAGGUUUGGGUUGAAAACCAGCUCAAAAACGCAUCCAACUCAUAUGAAUCCACAGAGAAGACAUCUGAGUCUGCAAACUUAGCCCAUGUCGGCUUUGCCACAGUCGCCCUAUCAACUGAAGUUGAUACCAAGUACCGAGACCAAUGGGUAUUGGAUACCGGAGCAAGCGUACACGUAUGCAACGACCGGACCAAAUUUACCGAGUAUAAGGAAGACCCCUCGUAUCUCCGUACGGGCGACAAUCGGACCGCAAUUGCUGGAGUCGGUACAGCAACCUUCACCGGAAGGGAUCCUACAACUGGCAGACCGCGUGUGGUAAACUUGUAUAACUGCCGUUAUUCUCCAGAUUUUCACUGCAAUUUGGUUUCCUUAGGCAGGAUAGAGGACCAUGGAGGAUGGUGGGAUAUGAAGCAAGGAAGGAUUAUGAUUGGAGAUCAACCUAUUCUUGAGACCUACCGAGAACAUGAUAUUUAUCUGUUCUCACAGACGCGGGAUGAACGUACAGUUUUUCGGCCGAAAACAGAGGGUCGUACGACUACGAUCAAGACCCAAAACAACACCCAGCAUAAAACUGCACUUGCUACCCGACGAUCAGAGAAACCGUUGAAAUCGUCUGCCAAUACUAAUACGUGGCAUAAACGACUUGGCCAUCAACUACCGAAACUGGUCAGUGGAGUUGAGGUUGUACGAAGCACGGAGGAUGGGGAAGAGCGACCGGAUGAUGAAAUUUGUACGGUCUGCAGCUUGGUCAACGCUCCACGACAGGUCUCGCGGAGACCGAUAGGCAAGCACUACGGACGGUGCGGGAGGGUCUACUUUGACCUAAUUCAGGUCAUUAUGGGAUAUAAUCAGCACUGCUGGAUAACCCAUUUCUACGUUGAGGGUAUCCGGUUCCACUGGUUAAUGACCCAUGUGAACAAAAACGGGUGCCAGGAAGCGAUCAGAAGCUUUAUCGCUUUCGCUAUUCGCUGGCUAAAUUUGCCGAUUAAGGUGUUCCACUCUGAUAACGAGAGAUCAGUUGAUGAGAGUAUUCUACUGCUAAUUAAGCAGCUGGGGUGUGUUCACACGUUUACAGUCCCGUAUACGCCUGAGAUGAACGGUCCGGGUGAGCGUGCUGGAGGUGUGAUUAUCCUUAGAGCGAGAGCGCUUCUAAAGGAAGGAAAACUACCCGAUAAACUAUGGCCAGAAGCGGUAAAAGCGGCAGUAUACCUGCUGAACCGUACGCCUACGAGAUUGGAAGAUGGGACUUGGAUAGUUCCAUGGGAUGAAGCACGGCGCUUUAUUGGGUUCAACCAGGGUACCGAGGGUACUCCUGUCAAUACUCCCACAAAGACGUCGCUUGCGAAUAUCAAAUUGUAUGGAUCACUUGCAUACUGCAGGAUCCCCAAUAUCCCGAAACUUGACAAAAUGAAGUCACGAGCUGAGAUAGGAUAUCUCGUUGGCUACGUGGCCUCGAAUAUCUGGCAAAUCUGGAUACCGCACCGUGGUCAGGUCAGGAUGGUCCGAGACGCAGUUUUUGAUGAAAACCGACGUUUUUCGGCAGAGAACCAUGACCCGGAUGAAGGGGUGAAGCUACCAGUUCCAGAGGACUAUCCUCCCACAAUCAUGGAGGAAGGACUAGAGGUCGACUGUAUUCGACAGGGUCUCGACGAACAGACUGCUCGUACGAGUAUUGCCGAGAGUACCCCAGAAGGGAGCUCUCCGGGACGGUCCUAUAGAGCAAGAGAUGCGGAUGAUGUAGACGUCAUACAGGAUCAAGAAUCUGGAGGAUCUAGAGAACCACAGGAGACGACAAUACCACACUCAGGACAAGAUCAAGUUUUUGUGCACAAAACCCCAAUUGAUCAUACCCCACCACCGGAUUAUCCAGUUAGAAGCAAUUCUGCGGAAACUACCACUGAUCAAGGGGUGAGGGAUGAUCCUGAGCGUCUCGCUCAGGACCAUAAUCAAAUAGAUCAGACGCCUGUUUCGCCAGUAUCACUACGGGAACCGAGCCCGGAGGAUCAACUCCAGGACCAAUUACAGCUAUCCCUACAGGAGAGCGUUGAGCAAGAGGAUCGUACGACAUCGGCCAAGAACGACUUGGCAGGGUCAUUGCCUAAGGAUCAAGAUCGCGAUUGUGCAGCUGUGGAUACCAGCAAUAUCAUCCAGGGACCGAGGGUGCGAAUAUCGAGACGAGACCGAGACUACGCCUAUAACACCAUGUUUAUCGAUGACGACAACGGCGACGAUACCACAACAACCACUUUACAAGCGUUUGCUACCGGUCUUCUAGCACCAAAACCGUCGCUACGGCAGCAUCGAGAUGACCUACCACCUCCACCACAACGAUUCCGAGACGUCUGGAAACACCCAUUGAGCGAAGGUUUUAGCCGAGCUAUGAGGGUUGAACUAGACGGACUACAGGCCAAAGAGACGUACAAAGUCGUGGAAAGGCCAAAGGAUCGUGGGAUACAAGUACUGCCCCUCAUGUGGGUAUAUGCUUAUAAAUUUGAUCAAGAUGGGUUCUUGACUAAGUGCAAAGCCAGGAUCUGCCUGACUGACCAAGGGGACGCUGAGUGGUUUCUAGGGAUCAGAAUCCUACGAAAUCGCAAAGAGAGAAAGCUCUGGCUAGUGCAGGACAGCUAUUUUGCCAGUGUUGCUGAGCGGUUUAACCUGGCUCACCGAGCUCCGGUCUGGACUCCGGGAACCACGGAGAUCCUAGAGCCAUACGACGGGCAAGCUACAGCCGAAAGCAUCCACCAAUAUCAGCAGCGAGUGGGCUCAGUUCAAUAUGGUACCACGAUUACCCGCGCGGACGCAGCAAAGCGAGCGUCUAUCUGCGCACAGUUCCUGACCAACCCUGGUCCGAAGCACCACCAAGCAAUUGAGCGCUUAAUCUGCUACCUCUAUACCACACGGUUCUGGGCUAUACAAUACGGUCCAGUUGACAACGACAGCGAAGUGGUGAAGUUCUCAUCAGAUGCUUCGUAUGGGGAUAUGGGUGACCGGACUAGCUCCGCAGGAUAUAUUUGCCAGUUCUUCGGUGGACCGGUGGACUGGAGGGCAACCAAGCAGAAGACCGUGACCACGUCGACGACGGAGGCUGAGUUAUUAGGCCUAUCAGACGCAGGAAGGUCACUACAGUGGUGGGAUCGUCUAUUUGGAAGGAUUGGUUUCAAAUAUCCGGAGGGUCUCACAAUCGAGUGUGACAACCGCCGUACGGUGGACUUGAUCAACGCAGAGGAUACCCCCUUCGAUACCAAGCUCAGGCACGUUGAUAUUCACGGGCACUGGCUGAGACAAGAAGUCAAGGAAGGCAGGAUGCGGAUCAAGUGGGUACCAACCGCGCAGAUGCUCGCGGACGGACUCACCAAGAUGCUGCCGAGGCAGAAGCAUGAAGCUUUUGUCAGGAUGCUGGGAUUGACGGACGUGCGUCAUCUCAUUGAGGAAGAAAAAUAA